GCUAAAUGUAGUGAAGCUAUUGCAUACGGUUCUUUCUUCUUUCAUCCUGGAACAGAACUGCUGGGACAUUAACAGGGCCAGGAGUUUGCUGUUUGUAGAACUCGGUUGCAGUUUAAGACAGAAAAAUAAAUCUGGUCAUCAAAACAUUGAAAGAAGUUCAGAAGAUCAUCUGUUGAGCCAUCAUGUUUGGACUGGGUAGAUCAAGUUCCUUCCCGGCUGGAGUCCACCUCCUUAUCCUUGUGCCUAUUCUCUAUAAUGUCGUAACAAUCCAUGGUGAAAUCUCACCAGAUGACCCUUCAAACCAUACAGAUCCAUGUACUGGCACCUACUAUUGCAAGGAGGGUGUCAUUUUACCUAUUUGGAGACCACAGAACCCUGCUUUUGGUGACAAAAUAGCUAGAGCUACAGUAUAUUUUGUUGCAAUGGUCUACAUGUUCUUAGGAGUAUCUAUUAUAGCUGAUAGAUUCAUGUCCUCCAUUGAAGUCAUAACUUCUCAGGAAAAGGAAAUCACUAUCAAGAAGCCCAAUGGCGAAACAACAAAGGCAACAGUUAGAGUAUGGAAUGAGACUGUUUCCAAUCUGACACUCAUGGCUCUUGGAUCAUCUGCUCCUGAAAUUCUACUAUCUGUAAUUGAAGUUUGUGGGCACAAUUUUCAAGCUGGAGACCUCGGCCCUAGUACCAUUGUAGGAAGUGCUGCUUUUAAUAUGUUCAUCAUCAUUGCACUUUGUGUUUACGUGGUACCUGAUGGGGAAACAAGGAGGAUAAAACAUUUGCGAGUGUUCUUUGUUACUGCAGCCUGGAGCAUUUUUGCAUAUACUUGGUUGUAUAUUAUCUUAUCUGUUUUUUCACCUGGUGUUGUCGAGGUCUGGGAAAGCUUACUUACCUUCUUUUUCUUUCCAAUUUGCGUCAUGUUUGCUUGGAUAGCAGAUAGAAGGCUCUUGUUUUACAAAUAUGUUUAUAAAAGGUACAGAGCUGGAAAGCAAAGGGGAAUGAUAAUUGAAACAGAGGGAGAUAGACCUCAAUCCAAGGCAGAUAUUGAAAUGGAUGGAAAAGUUCUUAAUUCCCAUACAGAGCACUUUCUCGAUGGUUCAUUAGUCCUUGAAGUAGAUGAGAAAGAUCAAGAUGAUGAUGAAGCAAGAAGAGAUAUGGCUAGAAUCUUGAAGGAGCUGAAACAAAAACACCCUGACAAAGAAAUGGAACAACUUAUAGAGCUUGCUAACUAUCAAGUCUUGAGUCAACAGCAAAAGAGUAGGGCAUUUUAUCGAAUUCAAGCCACUCGCUUGAUGACUGGUGCUGGCAAUAUACUGAAGAGGCAUGCAGCAGAUCAAGCACGAAAAGCAGUCAGCAUGCAUGAGGUGAAUCAUGAAAUCAUUGAAAAUGACCCUGUCAGCAAAAUAUUUUUUGACCAAGGUACUUACCAGUGUUUAGAGAACUGUGGCACAGUGGCCCUAACCAUUGUUCGACGUGGAGGUGAUCUGACCAAUACAGUGUUUGUGGACUUCAGAACAGAAGAUGGCACUGCCAAUGCUGGUUCAGAUUAUGAGUUCACUGAAGGGACUGUUGUUUUUAAGCCAGGCGAAACGCAGAAGGAAAUUCGAGUUGGCAUUAUUGAUGAUGAUAUCUUUGAAGAAGAUGAAAACUUUCUCGUCCAUCUUAGCAAUGUUCGAGUGAAUUCAGAAACCACAGAAUUGAAUCUUGACUCCAACCAUAUUGCAUCUGUUGCAUGCCUAGGGUCACCUUUUACAACAACAGUUACCAUAUUUGAUGAUGACCAUGCUGGCAUCUUCACUUUUGAAGAGCAAGUAACACAUGUAAGUGAGAGUGUUGGUACCAUGGAAGUUAAAGUACUAAGAACAUCCGGAGCUCGAGGAACUGUUAUUGUACCCUAUAAAACUGUUGAAGGUACAGCCAGAGGUGGAGGAGAAGAUUUUGAAGACACAUGUGGCCAGUUGGAGUUCCAGAAUGAUGAGAUUGUCAAAACCAUAUCAGUGAAAAUAAUUGAUGAUGAGGAAUAUGAGAAAAACAAGACCUUCUUCCUAGAGAUUGGGGAACCCCGUCUGGUGGAGAUGAGUGAGAAGAAAGCCCUGUUAUUGAAUGAGCUUGGUGAUUUUACCAUCACAGGGAAAAUAUUAUAUGGUCAGCCGUUUAAUGACAGUCACAAUGUAAUGGGAAAACCUGUCUACAGAAAGGUUCAGACUAGAGAACAUCCUUUACCAUCUACAGUAAUCAACUUUACAGCUCCCAUAGAGGCUGGGCCAGUGAUAUACGAGGAGAAUGAAGAGAAACAUCCUUUAACAAGUAAAGAGGAGGAGGAGCGCCGUAUUGCGGAAAUGGGACGGCCUGUCCUUGGAGAGCACACAAAACUUGAAAUAAUUAUUGAAGAAUCAUAUGAGUUCAAGAGUACUGUGGACAAACUCAUUAAAAAGACAAACCUUGCCCUUGUGGUUGGAACUAACAGCUGGAGAGAGCAGUUCAUUGAAGCUAUCACUGUCAGUGCUGGAGAAGAUGAUGAUGACGAUGAGUGUGGAGAAGAGAAGCUUCCAUCCUGUUUUGAUUACGUGAUGCAUUUCCUGACCGUGUUCUGGAAAGUUCUUUUCGCUUUUGUGCCACCCACGGAGUACUGGAAUGGUUGGGCCUGCUUUAUUGUAUCUAUUACUAUGAUUGGUCUGCUAACAGCCUUCAUCGGGGAUUUAGCUUCACAUUUUGGCUGCACCAUUGGAUUGAAGGAUUCUGUCACUGCCGUAGUGUUUGUUGCCCUAGGAACUUCAGUGCCAGAUACCUUUGCAAGCAAAGUAGCUGCUACCCAAGAUCAAUAUGCUGAUGCCUCCAUAGGUAACGUCACUGGUAGCAACGCUGUGAAUGUUUUCCUUGGGAUCGGAGUAGCUUGGUCUAUUGCUGCCAUUUACCAUGCAGCCAAUGGAGAUGAGUUCAGAGUUCAACCUGGCACACUAGCUUUCUCCGUCACCCUCUUCACCAUUUUUGCUUUUGUAAACGUUGGUGUCCUCUUGUACCGACGGCGACCUGAAAUCGGUGGUGAGCUGGGCGGGCCACGGACUGCCAAGCUUCUUACAACAGCUCUAUUUACUCUGCUAUGGCUCUUGUACAUUCUCUUCUCAUCUCUUGAGGCCUACUGCCACAUACAGGGCUUCUAAAGACACACUCUAA